AUGUUCCGGCACGAUAGUUCACCGGAGGCCAAACUGAGGGAGGAUUUCGGAAAGACUCUGCGGCUUGCUCUCACUUCAACUCUUGUUGCUGCUGCAGCUCUUUUAGCAUAUCGAUUUGUCUUCCCAGCUCGGAGUGUAUCUCCGUUUGCCAAAGUCACCAAUGGCACUUACUUCGGUCUGCGCAAUGACAAGUACCACACCGACCACUUUCUGGGGAUUCCAUAUGCUCAGCCCCCGUUGGGUAACUUACGGUUCCAGGUGCCGCAACCCUUGAACACUACUUGGGCAGAUGCCAGGAACGCUACAGAUUAUGGUUAUGCCUGUAUCGGAUACGGCGAAGAUACAGCUAUCGCCUCUGAUGAUUAUGUCAAUGAAGACUGUUUGACUUUGAACGUGAUUCGACCUUGCGGCAACUACGAUGGCUCAAAUCUUCCACUCCCGGUCCUUGUAUGGAUACACGGUGGCGGCUAUUUUGCUGGAUCAAGCCGUGAUCAAAGAUACAACCUAACAUUCUUGGUUCAAAAGUCAGCUCGAAUGGGAAAACCUUUGAUUGCGGUUAGUGUCAACUAUCGACUUUCCGGCUGGGGAUUUCUGUGGUCACAGGAAAUUGUGGACCAGGGCAUUGCCAACCUUGGUCUCCGCGAUCAAAGACUCGCACUUUCCUGGAUACAAGAAAACAUUGGUGCAUUUGGAGGAGAUCCCUCCAAAGUGACGCUUUGGGGCGAAAGUGCGGGAGCUGGAUCAGUUAGCUCGCAACUCCUGGCGUUCAAAGGACGGGACGAUAGACUCUUCAACGGGGCUAUUGCUGUCUCAGGGAGUCCAGUUGGCUUCGGUGCUCUAAAUGUACAAAUGGAGACGUCCGAACAAGCUUACAGAAACUUGGUAGACAGUGUUGGCUGCUCCCCCUGGUCAGAUCGCAUCCAAUGCCUACGCUCAAGACCUGCCCAGAUGAUUAACAAAGCGUUGAACUUUACGUCGCUUGGGUUGAUCGACCAACCAAGCCUGCAAUUUGGACCUCUCCCGGACGGUGAUAUCGUAUCUCGAGACCCAAUAUCUCAACUUCACGAGGGUAGCUUCGUUGGUGUUCCCCUCAUGAUUGGUGAUUGUUCUGAUGAGGGUACCUUCUUUGCGAGCCUCGCUUCUGAUUCGUCGCGCCUCAAUACAGUAGCAGAUAUUGCUCGCCGCUUAUCCAAGUAUGGUCUUUCAACAAAUAUCGUCGACGAUUUGCUUAAGCUCUACCCCGAAGGUCCUUCAUCUUCCAUUCUACAGUCUUCGGGGGGUACUUUCAAUGACAGCACUGGGCAGCAUUGGAAACGCCUUUCGACCAUUGUUGGUGACUUAGCAGAGGUUGCGCCACGACGUCUCUCUCUUCGAGAAUGGAAGGGCCACAGCAAUACCUCUGUCUAUAACUUUCGAUUUGAUGUUAUUCCCAACGGGGUUUCUGACUAUUUCUCUGCGACUCACGGGGUUGACAUACCCUUUACCUUUUACAACCUGGAGGGUGCUGGAUUUCCGGAUAUUGCUCCUCCUUUUCUCGGACCUAAUCCAUUUCACGGCAAACCUAAGGCUUACUUCGACCUUGCCGAUCUCGUCAGCAGCAUGUGGAUCUCCUUCGCACACAAUGGUGAUCCCAAUUUAACGGGCCAAAAAGGGCCCUCAUGGCCGCCAUACACUUUGCAAAAUCCGAGCCAGUACGUCUUCAGUGCUGAGCCUACAUCGCAUAUUGUCACGGACGAUUUUCGGGAGAUUGCAAUUGACUACAUUAUCCAGCUACUCCGGAGCAAGGUGUCAACAUUCUCGUAA